GAGUCAUCAGCACUCCAGAGAAUACACAAUCCACCGCUGGCUACUCAGAUAGAGAAGACGUCUGUGCACUUUGACUCAUACAUAGUUCAGACAUGCCUUCAGUGGGACUGGAGAUACUUGGAGUGGCUCUGGCUGUCCUGGGAUGGAUCUCAGCCAUCGUCUCCUGCGCCUUGCCCAUGUGGAGAGUGUCCGCUUUCAUCGGGGUGAACAUCGUCACGGCGCAGACCAUCUGGGAGGGCAUCUGGAUGAGCUGCGUGGUCCAGAGCACAGGCCAGAUGCAGUGCAAAAUCUACGACUCCAUGUUGGCUCUGAGCGCAGAUAUUCAGGCCGCCCGCGCCCUCACCAUCGUCUCCAUCGUGCUGGGCAUCUUGGGAGUCAUGGUGGCCAUUAUGGGGGCCAAAUGCACCAACUGUGUGGACGACGAGUCGGCCAAGGCUCGGGUGAUGAUCGCCGCCGGGGUAUCCUUCAUCAUGGCUUCUCUGACCCAGCUGAUCCCGGUGUCGUGGUCUGCCCACUCUAUCAUCAUGGAGUUCUACAAUCCCAUCAUACCGGAGGGCCAGAAGAGGGAGAUGGGUGGGGCUCUGUAUCUGGGCUGGGCUGCAGCCGCAUUUCUGCUCAUUGGAGGGGGCAUCCUGUGCUCCAGCUGCCCCCCGCAACCUGAGAAAAGGUACGGGCCACCGUCAAAGAUGAUGUACUCCCAAACCAGGUCGCUCGCCCCGAGUGGCUACGAUAGGAGAGACUAUGUCUGAACUCGCACCUGCUCUUUUCUCACACCUUUGCCAUCAUGGAAAAGACUGCUCAGAGAGAACUGGAGAGGACAAACUUGUUUUCCUUUGUUAAAUGUUUUGUGUGUAUCUUUGACGCUAUCGGAAGCACUGAUGUUAACAACUAUACGUUAGUGACGUGGUGUGCCCUGUGUUUUAUACUUUAUGGAAAUAAUUGUAUAAUUUGUGAUCAAAAUUUAGAGUAUAGGUGAAUCUGCAUUUUUUUUUUUUUUUUUUACUGUAUUGACUGUAUGUGUUUUAUUAAGAACCUUUAAGAAGUACGAGGAAGUCUGUCAUGAAGUCACAUAAUGCAGAUUUUUGUUAUCUAUCCAUUUUGUAAAUCAGUUUUGAAAUGUUUUGAUGUCUCACAUGUUACGUUUUUAAUUAAAAGACCUUGUUUUUUCACUUUU